GUUUGGUUUUUGGAUUUGCAAUCCGUGUUUGGAUGGCGCAUGUUGCGGUGUUCCGUGGACUGCAUGUCCAUCACACCCAGCUGAAUCAUGCUCGCUGGGUGUCUCUUGCGUCGUCCUUGUCCUCCACGCUGACUGGGAUUGACCAACGACGGUCCUUCUCAACGGUCAAGGACUCGUCCAUCGCCGAGGUUGCGACCGCCAAGACAACGACCGCGACCACCGCCGAAAUGCAGCUCGAUGGGCAGCAGCCGCCAGUGUCUGCAUCUCGCUUCCUGCUUGCUGUCGAGUACGACGGCACUGCGUUCAGUGGAGUUGCUGCAAGUCCAGACGAACCACCAGACCGACCAAGUGUCGGAUCCGUUUUGGAUCGUGCGAUUGCACAAGCAACGCGCCAAGAUGCUCGCGUGACCUUUUCGAGCCGCACCGAUGCCGGCGUUCAUGCAUUGUGGAAUACCUGUCAUGUCGACAUUGAGCCUCGAACCCGACGAGGAGAUUUGAUGACUCAACAACAAUGGACUCCCUUGGCACUCGGAUCCGCCAUCAAUUACUUUUCUAGAGGAAAGGUGCCAUAUCCAAUGUCUGUUCGUGCCGUGUGCGCCGUGCCAGAGCAAGUCCAUGCGCGAUUCAACGCAACCCAACGAGUGUACAUUUAUCGGGUUGUCGUUGGCGAAUCUAGUGCAGCCUCAGUGUUUGACUUGCGCUAUCACCUCACUGCCGCACCCAUUGAUGAGAGUCUUGUGCAACAAGCAUGUCAAGUAUUUGAAGGGACGCACGAUUUUCAGUCAUUCCGUGCUGCCCGAUGCCAGGCGCGAACAACAACCAGACACAUUUCCCAGUUCUCCGUCCAGAUCGACAAACACAAAACUGACAACCCGUGGGCAAACUCGCUGCCAGACGCCCUCUCCAAACCAACGGUCGCAUUAACAUUCACCAUCCGGGGUUCUGGGUUUUUGUACCAUCAAGUUCGUAUCAUGGUGGGGCAUGUGUUGAGCGUCGCGAGUGGCAAGUCAACACUGGCCGAUCUCGUCCACCUUCGUGACAAUCCGCAAGUCAUUCACUUGCACAAAGACAUGCUACCGGCACAUGGACUGUGUCUCAAAGAAGUGUGCUAUGACUCUCAAGACAUACCGCCCGAGUCGUGGGUGAUGAUUGCCAAAAAGCACCAUAGCUUCAAAGCACUGCGCGAAUCUGUGAUUGUCCGGAAACCAUUUCGAAAUCCUGCCAAACCAGAAGCAGCCGUGGUUGACCAACAAGAUUAAGAACGUAAAAAUACAUGAGUAUUAUUGUACAAGUA